AUGUCUGGCCGUGGUAAAGGUGGUGGCAAGGUCAAGGGCAAAUCCAAGACUCGUUCGUCGCGGGCGGGACUGCAAUUCCCUGUUGGGCGUAUCCACCGCAUCUUGCGAAAGGGCAAUUACGCUGAACGAGUGGGUGCGGGUGCCCCAGUAUAUCUAGCUGCUGUCAUGGAAUACUUGGCUGCGGAAGUCCUCGAAUUGGCUGGAAAUGCUGCUCGAGAUAACAAGAAAACCAGAAUCAUUCCCCGUCACCUACAGUUAGCGAUCCGCAAUGAUGAAGAGCUUAAUAAGCUGCUCUCUGGCGUAACAAUUGCUCAGGGUGGAGUAUUGCCGAAUAUCCAGGCAGUGCUACUUCCCAAGAAAACUGAGAAGAGCUCUUAAAGCGUCU